AUGUCGCAGCAUGCGCUCCAGCACGAGCGGCAGCGCAGAGGCGACAGCCCGUCGGCGUCAGACUCGUCAGACUCUUACCAGCAGCAGGUCCACGCCCAGAACCGCAACCAGAGCCAGAGCCAGAGCCAGAACCAGAACCACGUCCAGGACAGCCCGACUAUAGGCAGAGCCUUGGUCAACUUCCUCGACGAGGACAGCGACAGCGACAGCCAGACCACCCUCACCACCACGCUGUCGAGCCCUCCGCUGGCCAUCACCGUCACUAGCUCCAAAAACCAUCUCGAGCCUGCGCUGGGCGCGCCGUUUGCUGGGAACCCUGUUGUGAAACCCGUACAGCGAAACUGCUUCCGCCGCUGUCUCAACCGCAGAAACAGUACUGACCCGAAAUCUCCACCCUUUGCUAGGUCGGUACGGAAACCUGCUCCAAGCCCGCUACACACGACCACCGCCGUGUCUCCGCCGUCGAGCGCGAGUCCAAAUCGCUCUACCUUUCCCUCGCCCAUCCACGAGUCGUAUCCUCGGAGCCCCACGGCCAGGACACCCAACGAGCCGCAAUCACAGUCCUCUGCAGCAGAGGACCUCUUCAGGUAUCCGUUCGCCUUCGAGAAACGGCACCAGAAAGACACGCCGUCCCCUCCGGCAACACCAAUCUCGCCUUAUACAAGAGCACCAGGUUUGCAUCUCGCUCCUCUGUCUCCGAAUGACACCAGAAGAGUCUCCAACCAGACUGUGACAGCGAAGCCGGUUGGCUCACCCGUCACAACGUCGCCAGCGAUGGCAGGUGGCUCAACUCCCGCCAAAGCCGACCCAGCCCAGGCGCCAGCCCGAACGAUAUCUCUCGACUCGGCAGUGUCCAGCAUCUCGUCAAAGAACUCCCAAGAUGCUUCGGCUGGGACGGCCGACGUGGCCAACCUCGUCAAGGCGGCGGGCAGCCCUGAAGCUGUGAUCCAGUACCUGCUAAAGGAGAAGCAGAGCCAGGCUCAGCAGAACGCCCAGCUGUGGCGUUUGGUUGACAAGCAAAGAGCCAUGAUCUUGGGCUUGAACAAGGAUCUCGAACGUGCUCUGAAGGACAAGGAGAAGUACCGCAAGAAGAUGAAGGAGCUCAUGGCGGCCCACGAGGCGCCGCUGAAGAUCGAUACGCAACAGGCGCCGGCUGCGGCACUUCCAAGAGUGGAUGUCAACGGUGUAAGGGAUCAAGUCAUGGAUGUCCCGACUUCUCCGUCGGUCUUGGACUCUGACAGCGUCAAACAUUCACCUAUCGACCUGGCAAUGGCACCGUAUCCCAUCACGCCUCCGGCAGACCAGGUUUCUGAUGGACCGCGAUCCGCCGUCGGCGACCUGCUCGACCCGUCCCAUGCCAUGCCCAAAGCAUCAGAGCACGCGCUCGAUAAGUUCGAUCAUGAGGAGGAAGACCGUGCUGUGGCAGAACAGGCGAAGGCCACACAGGCAGCCGAAGAGUCCAAGGAUUCUCUCCCCUUUAAUGUAGGACUACCACCGUCGAGAAGCCUGCCAAGUGAGCCGCCACGCAUGCCGCCCCCAAAGCCACCGAUUGCAUCCAAGGAGGCCGCGGUCAUGCUAGACCAACACAUUUCACAGUUUCCGCCACCAUCCGCUCCUCCUCCCCGAAAGCCGCCGCCGGCUCCUCUACAGCUAAGAAAGGAGGCAAAGGCUGCUGCUAUCAGCCCACCGGAGGAUGAAGACUCGGACUCGGACUACGAUUCGCUACUUGAGGUCGAUGAGCUGCCCAUUCCAGAGAAGCGUGGUAGAAGACGAACGAGAGAAGAAGAUGACGAGGAGAGGGAGAAGAUUGUACUGCUCGAGGCGGAAAAGCGAAGUCUUUCCAAGAAGAGCAAGAAGGGAAGCCAAAAAGGAACUCCCAAAGAAGCAGAGUUUGAACCUCCUCAAGGCCCACUUCCAGCAAGCCCACGCGGUACUGGAAACCAGCCGAUGCUCGUGCGGGAGCAUAUACCAGCCUCUUUGGCUGGUGUUCUCAAUGGCAACGAGCCACAGCAAUUUGCCUCGGCGCCCUUGAUGAGCCCUGGAUUGCCCUCGAGCCCCCGUCCCAUGGGUAUGAAGUCUCCUGGAGCGCCACCCCUUUCGCCAAGGGGGAUGGGCAUGGCGAGUGGUCCGCUUUCGCCUCGGGCUCCAAGGCAACCCAUCCCUCUCCCUCCAAACACAUCUAUCUCAACCUCGUCACACGGCGAGCCUCUUGUUCUGUCCACACCAAAGCCGCUUAACAUCACCAAGAGGGCAACCGAACCUGCCCAGCCUAGUCCGACCGGAAGUCGCGCCAGUCCGACCGAACGCAGCAGGAUCUACAAGGGAUUCAUCACGGAGGAGUACCCUGACCUACUUCUGCCGCCCAAUGCUCUCCCUUCGAUCUCAGUCAAAGUGGCUUCAUCUCGCAUGAAGCCGUCUAGAGCUAGUCUGAUCUCGCUGACUCAAUUAGAAGAGGAUCCUGUCUUCACGCUGGCAGUCUUUUCUCGCUCAGAGGGCGGCGAACUAUGGAGAGUCGAAAAGGAUACUGCAUCGCUUGCUAAGUUGGACCAGAGACUAAAGCAAUGCUCGGCCGUCACUGCAAAGACCCCAGACCGUUCGCUAUUCAACGGCCAUGCCCCUGCCAAACUUGAUGCACGUCGCGUAGUGUUGAACCAGUAUUUAGACGAGGUGCUGAAUACACCAUUAGACACGGCUACAGCCUCGGAGCUAUGCAAGUACCUGUCGACCAACGUACUUCCUCCAAACUCAGACGACACCGGUUCCGUUGUGGAAAGCGGAAGCGAAACCAGCACCCUGAAAACGGGCCCUGGAGGUCGACCGCACAAGAGCGGAUAUCUUACUAAAAGGGGUAAGAAUUUCGGUGGCUGGAAAGCACGUUUCUUCGUGCUCGAUGGCCCUCUUCUGAAAUACUACGAAACUCCCGGUGGCGCCCACCUUGGCACCAUCAAGCUGCAGAAUGCGCAGAUAGGAAAACAGUCACACAGCAACAGUGACGGCUCCCCAGCCGGAGGCAACAAUGAUGAGCUUGACAACCAGUACCGCCAUGCAUUCUUGGUCCUGGAACCCAAGAAGAAGGACUCUUCCAGUCACGUCAAGCACGUUCUUUGCGCAGAAAGCGAUCAGGAGCGUGAUCAAUGGGUUGACACACUGCUCCGCUGGAUCGACUAUCGUGACCCAGAGGAAGAUGACUCGCAUAACAAUGCUACGCAAGAGCGUCAUGGUUCCGGCAGCCAACCACAUGCCAACGGUAUGAACGCGAAGAAGAAACCGCAUGGCCAAGCGCCGCUGAGACCACAUAACGCACGAAGUCGUAGCCAAGACGGCCUCAUUGGGAUCAGCUACGAGGGGACCAGGCAAGGUGACAUUCCGGAUGGUGCACCGUCGCGCCGCCGCAACACGGAGACUCCAGAUUCACAACAGGAACGUGCGGCGUCCUACACAAUUUCAGCACCGCGUGAUCCCCAGGUGAUCUCGGACUCAUCGUCCUGGGGUGCUAAAGCAGCCCUUGCUCCUCCCGGUCCAUCGAUUGAGGAAAAGAAGCAGCGCAAACGCAGUUUCUUUGGCUUUGGCCCCAAGACACGAUCCUCAUCGGAUGACCAAGAUGCAUUGUUUGGCAGCAGCGUGCAGAGUUCAACCCAAUCCGAAUACCGCGGACCCAUUCGCCAGGUGUUCGGUGCACCACUUGCCGAUGCUGUCAGAUACAAUGGACCUGUCGACGUAAAUGUGCCGUUGCCUGCAGUAGUGUACCGAUGCAUACAGUAUCUCGACGCCAAGAACGCCAUCUUGGAGGAAGGAAUAUUCCGACUUAGUGGAUCUAACGUCGUUAUCAAGGGCCUACGCGAGCGGUUCAAUGUUGAAGGUGACGUCAACUUGCUGACUGAUGAGACGUAUUACGACAUCCAUGCUGUCGCCUCACUGCUCAAGCUAUAUCUCCGAGAGCUGCCCACCACGAUUCUCACGAGGGACCUUCAUCUCCAAUUCCUCACAGUCACGGAGAUGUCCGGACAGAGGGAGAAGAUAGCAGCGCUGGGAGAACUCGUUCAGCUCUUGCCUCAGGCCAAUGGCACUCUGUUGCGGUACCUCAUUGCGUUCUUGAUCAAAAUCAUCAACAAUUCGGACGUCAACAAGAUGACUGUUAGAAACGUGGGCAUUGUUUUUUCGCCUACGCUUAACAUUCCUGCACCAGUUUUUGCCCUGCUCUUGCAAAACUACGAAGGAGUUUUCAACAUCACCCCUGAAGAAUACGAGCUGCCUUCUCCUAUUUCAGAGGAAGACGCGAGAAGCCUGGCAGAGCCACAGCCACGGCGUCCUUCUACUGGUACAGGUGCAGCUGCAUCUCCACAUCGACAGCGCCUUAUUGAGCAGCUGCAGCACCAACGAUCAUCGCCGACCCCCCCUCCAGGACUCAUGCAUGGAGGUGGUCAUGGAGGCGGUCGUGUAGCGGCUACACCGCCUCCUAUGUCGACCAGCUCAAGUCGCCAGACAACCUACGAACCGCAGUAUCUGGCUCAGCAGCAAACUUCCUCUCAAGUCUCUCUUCGUCCUGCUUAUGAAAGUGGGUUCAUGGUUCCACCGAACUAUGAUCCUAACAUGAUGCAACCCAAGACGCAACCAACAUACGAUCGACCCCACUACCAAUCGUCGUAUGAACAAGAUUUCAGCGAACUCGGAUACGACCAGCCCUAUAAUGCCAGGGCUAGAAGGAGAGAAAGCUCCAUGUUCAUGGGAAACGUAAUGGGUCUGAACCAGCAAGGUUCGAAGAGUCGACUCCGUGAGGAGAACCGUCUGUAA